AGAGGGAAUGGUGGAUUUGUCUGUGUUCCGUUACUCUGGAUGUGAGAAAGUGUGGGGCUGCACAUCACUGGGAGAUCAGAGCAUCACUGUGGUGCAAGGGAAUCCCACACAGCAAGAAGGCAGCAGCCUCACGCAGCAGCAACAGUAUCACAAGUGUGGGACUAGUUUUCUAAAUACUUUGGCUCUUUGAAGUGAAAGCGCCACAGCCGGAGGCACCAAAGGCUCCCAGACGACCUCAUUUUUCAGAUAUUUCAGAAUCUUGAUCAGUCAGAUCAGACAUGGCCAAGCUGAACCUGUUGCUGGGCAUCCUGUGGGCUGUGGGAUGCAGCACAUUGUCCAUGGCACAGCAGUCUACAGUCAGUGUGGCAACUUCAACACCGGACAAUUCAGUCACUACAGCCUUAAUUUCAGACAAGGCAACUGCAUCAACUAUGAAGCCUACAACUGCUACUGUUGCUGCUGUAUCAACCACACCAGCAAACAUUGCCAGUAGUUCUGUAACCACUACAACAUCAAGCUCUGAAACAAGUGCCUCAGUCUCCAACACCCCCAAUCCUGUUAGCGCUUCAGUAACACCAGCCAAUACAGCAAAAGGAACUACAACUGGGAAAACAGAUUCGGCUAUGAUGUCUUCUGCAGCUCCUUCAGCCCAGCCUUCAUUAAAACCCACAGCAACCAGCCCUGCAGGAAAUUCUGUAUCAUCUCAAGAAACUUCCAAGAUCACUGCGACAACAAUUAAGCAAGAGCAGUCAUCUCCAGCAGAGCCGACUUCAACAGCUGCACAGCAGAGCACAACAAUACAAGCCCAAGAAACUGCACCUACAAACAGGAGCACCAUUUACUCUUCCUUUACAAGUCCGACUUCUUUGCCUACAACAAACGCCACCAGCAAAAUGGCAGCAUCUGCUAACAGCACCAUAGAAAGUCUUACAACCAGCCUGCCCACAGGUUCUGUUAAUGGAACUCCUGCUGUAGAUGCUAAUACUACAUUUCUGACCACCACAUUUCAGACAAGUACUAAAACUUCUGUUACUAAAAUGAAUAUAAAGGUUAUUUGUCAGAAAAAAGUUUUUGAUAACACAAAUCUCAAGUUGAAAACGAAUGUCUCCAGGAGCUGUAACUCAGAUAUCAUCAAGGAUCAAUAUGAAGAUCUCCAGAAAAUGUGCAAAGCAGUGAGACCUGUAAUGGAGUCUACAGAGCAAUGCAACAUAGUUCUUGGUUAUAAUGACAAGUGGAUUGAUAGGGUGGAAGUACUGGAUGUUGCAGUGGAAACACGUUUAACUCAAAAUGCCCUUCAUGAAGCUCUGAAGAACUUAACAGAUGAGGGUGGAAAAUCCUUAUUUUUAACAAAUAAAAUAGAAACUAUUGAUGAAGAUUGGUUAAGCAUGCCUCUAAUAAUCACUAUCGUGUGUUUGGCUGUGUCCCUGCUGCUCAUUGCAGCUAUUUAUGGAUGCUGGCACCAGAGGCAAACUCAUAAAAGAGAGCAGAGGCUUACAGAGGAACUUCAAACCAUGGAGAAUGGAUACCAUGAUAAUCCAACUCUGGAGGUCAUGGAGACAGCUCCAGAGAUGCAGGAGAAAAAAGGUGGUCUGAAUGGAGAGCUUGGGGAUAGCUGGAUUGUUCCACUGGAUAACUUAAGAGAGGACCUUGAAGAAGAAGAGGACACCCAUUUAUAAAGCUGUAGAAAGGCAAUAAGACUGUUUGGGGUAUCCAGCAGUGCAAUAUAUAUUCACACAACCGGCCAAGCAAAUAAGAAUUGACUGAUACAAGCAAGACAAUUCCAGCCCUACUUUAGAUAUCACUCAAACCAGCCUUGAGCUUUGCACACUGUAAAAGUUCUUUUGAUACGUCUGGUUUGGUGAUGUUUAAGAAGAUUUAGAUUCAUUUUUCCAUAUCUGCCCUGUAUUUAGCUCUCAGAAAGCAAUGAGUAUUCUUGCCCCUGGAACAGAACUCUCCUAAAUGAAAGUGAGAAUCGUACAGUAUUUUGUAAGGGAACGGUGCAGUAUGCAUCAUUGUGCCAUGUGCAUAGAGGCAGAUACAUACUGAAUGGAGGGGAUAAGGAACAAGUACAAAUACAUAUUCUGGAAUCUACCCCAUAUUCGAUAAACAUAUUUACACAUGGGGAGAAAGGUGGAUUUUUUUUGUAAUAUUUUUAUAGUUGUCGCUACCCAAUGCAACAAAAUACCUUACUGCUUUUUUUUUGUUAUUUACUCCUUGUUGUACAAUGUGACUACUUAAUGUGCAUUAGCCAGAACCUGGGCUUUUUCUUCAAAGUUCAUGUUUUUUUAGAUAAACAUAUUCAUGUAGGACUUGGUAUCUCUCACCCUACUGGGAAAGAGACCUGAAAGGUUGAAAUGUUUGUACAUAGUUGUGUAUAGUGUGGCAAAGCACCAAACCUCCUUUUUCAUAUCUUAAACACACACACAUAUUAUAUACAUUUUGCACAUUUUCACCAGUGACAUUUAUAUUGUAUGAAGCUUUAAGACUUUUAUAGGACGUUGCUUUAUUCUGUGCAAUUCCUAGACAGUGCAGCAACAUCUCAUUAUGACAAAUGCCACCCUCAAACAACCCCUCAAGUCAGUUUUGUGCCAAUUCUGUAAGUCAAAAUUGUAACAUUGGGAAUACUGAUGCUCCUAUAAGAAGCAAGUUAUGUGCUAAUAACUGGCCUAUGAAAAAAUGAAAAUGGAUGCAAGAUCUAAUUUUAUAAAAUAGAAAUCUAAUCAUGUAUAAAAGUAACCCAAUGACCCCCCCCAGCAGUGCCAGCCAGAGAAGUAGCCUUCUGUGCCCUCCUGCAUGCUCAGUAGCAGCCUACCAAAUAGCAUUGUCUAUUUGUAUUUAAAGGGGAACUAUAGUAAAAAUGUAAUGUAAGCUUCCUCAUAUUGAAAUAAGAAACUUUCUAAAUACAAUCAAUUAAAUAUU